CAUGUCAAAUCCAUUUGAGCAGUGCAUUCACAGCCUCAGCAUUGAGCCAACGCAAAAUAUCGGCAGAAAUCUCUAGUUUCCCUCUAGACCACCAAGACUGUCAGCGAUUACUGAUCUUCAAAGCUAGUCAGCAUGGUUAACACAGUCAACUUUGGGGCACACCCCGCAUCUCCCGUCUCGGCCUUCGCUCUUGAGAUGUUCAGCCGCGUCUGCUGCGACCUCGAUGACGCAGCGUGCUCUUCGAAUUCCGGCGCCGAGAGCGACGUUCCUUAUUUCCGCGAUUCACUUGAUUACAACACCUGCGACAGCGAGUCGGCGCGCUGGGAAGCCGAGUUGGCCUGCAGCCCGAUCUGGAUCGACGAGGCGAGGUCGAGAAUCCGCAGCGCGGCUCUCGCGGUGGUUGAGACGCAGCAGCAGUCGCUGCAUCUGACGUCGCUCGCCGACAGCCACAUGCACGAAGCUGACCUUUCCGAUCUCGACGUUUCUGAUGGUUGCUUCUGCAUCUCACCGAAAUCCCCAAGUUCAAAGAGCAGCAGCGAAGGCAGCAGCAAGGCUGGCGUCUUGCGCUUCAUCGCAACAUCGUUGCGCCUGAGGAAGUGAAAUCUGGGGAUUGUUCCCUGGUGCCUUCUAGAAGAUGUGGUGCUCACAUCGCUUAGCUCCUGCCUCAGCUGGCAGCUCCAUUGAUUAGUUUCUUGGUGAUGGAUACGGCGUGGCCUGCAACUUAUUGGCCCGUCCCUGCAAUAUGACAGGAAUUGCUCAUUCAAAUUAUUCUUUUUCCAGCUCACUGGAAGUUAAUGAUUGGAUUUGAGAGUUGGUUUUUCUCAUUGGAAUAAAUAUCACAACCUUAA